AUGAAAGCAGAUUUUAGACUACGUGGAAAGCGAACGGGUCGAGCUGGCGCUGAAGGUGGCGUGCACGAUCUCGCUGAUCACCGUCUGUCUGCACACGCCGCGCACGUUCGAACUAUGGUGGCCGCUCGGCUACCUCGUGUGCUUCCUGGACAUGGUCUCUGUGCUUCUGCUCACCUUGGAGGUCGUUCUGAGGAUUCAUCGCGAAGGAACGAACAUGAGAGACUCGUUGAUGCACAAUCGAUGGAUGCAAUUCGAUCUGUUCAUGUUCGUCUCGCACUGGAUGUCGUGGAUUCUGCACCUUUACCAAAUAGUUCGAGUCAAUUUUUCACUAACUUCUCUUCCAUACGAGGAUUGGUUCGGUGUCAUACGCUCGGUUCGACCAUUCAUAAUAAUUCGAUUAAUUCAACUCGUCGUCAAGUUCAAACUGCCAAAGGCACGGAUCGAGCAGCUACUGAAGUGAACUUCACUUUUACUUUAGUAGUCACGGGCUCGGAACCGGCUUGUGGUUCCGAAUUUUUCAAAAUGCUUCCGUGCACAAUGAGGUGUCGUAUUACUUAUUUUUGUAGGAGGUCAAGCCAACAAGUGCAAAAUGUUACCGUGUUCUUCGUAUUCUUCAUGGCCUUAUACGCCAUCGUAGGUAUCCAGUUAUUCGGCAGAAUGGACUACCACUGUGUGCUUCCUAACACGGACCCGAAUAACGUGACGAUCGCAGAUCUGGCAAUUCCCGACACGAUGUGCUCACAUAAAGGUGGCGGAGGAUAUGAAUGUCCUGGAGAAAUGGCGAGUGUUCAAAGCAAUGCUCACGCUUUUUUUUGUGCAAGUGUGUUCACGGUGUAUUUGGCUGCUUCUGAAGAGGGCUGGGUGUAUGUGCUGUACGACUGCAUGGAUUCAUUGCCUUCACAUCUCGCCUUCGUCUAUUUUCUCACUUUAAUCUUCUUUCUCGCUUGGCUGGUGAAGAUAUAUGGUCCAGAUGUGGGUGGAUCCUUAUCGAACCUUCAGAAGAUUAAAGGAUCUGGUCGACAUCCACUGAAGCACGUCGUUCAGAACGUCUUCAUCGCCGUGAUCACCGAGACGUUCGCCGAGAUUCGAGUUCAAUUCAGCGAAAUGUGGCAAAAGAAGGACGUGACGUUAGACGAGGAAUUCCGACAGAAGUUAGAAAAGUACGACGAUGGCUGGAGACUAAUCCGUCUCGAUGCUGAUGUCAACUAUGAGGGACCGAAACACGCAUUGCAAGCGGUAAACGAUGUUUCAAACAUUUUAUUUCACUAUGCACUUUAUGGCAGUUUCUUCUUGCGAAGUAUGGUGAUAAUCAAUUCUGUAGAGACAAUUCUUAAGUUCUUGCGAAGUAUGGCGUUCCAAUGCUUCGUAAUUGUCUUCGUGCUUCUGAACGCUAUCAUCAAUGCCUCGUUUGUCUAUCGGCACGACGAAACGGACAAAAUUAGGAGGCAAUAUUACUACCUUAUAGAGGUCGGCUUCACCUUGCUUUUCAAUCUGGAGUGUUUGAUCAAAAUCUCAUGCUACGGCUUGAGAAACUUUCUGCGACGUGGGAUCUUCAAGUUCGAGAUGAUUCUCUGUAUCGGCAGUUCGAUUAACGCCAUCAAAUACUUCUACGACCGCAACUACUUCACUUAUUUCCAAGCCUUUCGCCUCCUUAGACUUAUUAAGGCGUCACCAAUACUUGAAGAUUUUGUCUGGAAGAUCUUCAGUCCUGGCAAAAAACUUGGCGGAUUGGUGAUUUUCACUAUAACGUUUGUGAUUAUCGCAUCAGCCAUAUCACUGCAGUUAUUCUAUGCAGUGCCGAACCUCCAUCAUUUCCACACUUUUCCUCAGGCGUUUAUGUCGAUGUUCCAAAUAAUUACACAGGAGGGAUGGACAGAUUUUGUUGUCGAGGUGCUGAGGGCAACCGACGACAAACUCGUCCCAUUCGUCGCCAUCUACUUCGUCGCCUACCAUCUAUUCGUCACAUUGAUCGUGCUUAGUCUGUUUGUUGCCGUCAUUCUUGACAACCUGGAAAUGGAUGAGGAGCUGAAAAAAGUCAAACAGCUAAAAGCCAGAGAAGCGACCACCUCAAUGCGAUCAACACUGCCAUGGCGUUUGCGAGUGUUCGAAAAAUUCCCGACACGACCCCAAAUGGCGGCAAUGAAACGGUGGGUGAGAUUUGUUCGUAAACACGGAACGCAUUGA